CAAUGCGUCUAGGAAACAGGCGGUAAAUUUCGGCAAGGUGUCAGUGACAGAAUUUGUGCGUGAUAUAAUUUUGAGGCGCGCAGUUUUAGCUAAAACUGUGGGCCUCAAAAUUAUAUCACGCACAAAAUAUGUCACACCUUGCCGAAAUUUAGCGCCUGUUUCCUAGACGCAUUACCGCAAAUUAACGAGCUUUGUUACUUUCGGAAUUAGCAGCCAUUGGGGUUUUCGGUUUUUAAAGAAGUUUUGAGCGGCUUUCUGGUUUUUAGCAGGCCCGAAUGCAAACCUUAUGAUAAGAAUGUGUGUAUCUAAGAGAGAGUUAUACAGACUCUGGUAACACAUCACGACAUCCGUCAAAUGUGGAAAACUGCUAUGAUCAGCGCCCUCUAACCCUAAAUCCUGUGAUACCGACUAUAGAGCAUCUAUUUUAAUUCUCUUACGGCCGUUCGCAUUAAAUUAAUAAAACAACAAUUUGUUAGAAUCACGCCCGACUGAAAAUCGUUGGGCGGCACAGAUGGCCAAUCAUAAAAUGAUUUCCCAACAUCGCGUCUCGAUCCCCUUUUUUGUAAACUAUUUCACGUAACAAAAACUGUUCUAGCAAUCCUUUGGAAAGAGCCUGUUUUUUUCUCAAAAUGACCAAAAUGCUGCAUGUCUUACUCAGCAUUCGUCACGAUAUCUGUGAGGAUUGCGUGAUUUUAUAGAAACAAAGAUUGCGUGAUUUAUAGCAGCAUCGAGGUUUAGAGUAACGUGAUCUGACACAAGUUGCACGGAAUGACCUUUCGAACACGUUGGGCAACGCCAGUUGGUUUGUUUCAUGUUGGUGUUUCGCUUUAAUAUUGGUGUUUCGGUUCCUUGUUGAAUCGAAAGGCGUUCAUGACUAAAGUCAUUUCCGUACAGCAUGGUGGGUUGACAAUUGUGGAUAUAUUACGGACUGGUCAUGUCUCUCUUUGGUGAAUAUCCAUGUGCCAAUGUUACUCCACCGACUGUUCUGUCUUACACCACGGCCUCCAUCUCCAUAUUUAUAUCGGCUGUCGCGACUCUCGGGAAUUCUCUUGUUCUACUUGCCAUCUUCGUGGAUCCGAACAAAAAUCUUCGUUCUCCAUUCAACUACUUCGUGGCCAAUUUGGCGCUUGCAGAUGUGCUUGUCGGACUCGUGGUAGCUCCGCUGUCGGCGGUGUUUCAUGUAUCAGAAGGGCUGAAAACCUCUCUUCACCUGCACAUCGGAAAUUACCUGUAUUUCUCAUACUUCAUCGCAUGCACCGCGUCUUUGCUGAGCUUGAUUAUUUUGGCAGUGGAUCNCAAUGCGUCUAGGAAACAGGCGUAUUACGGACUGGUCAUGUCUCUCUUUGGUGAAUAUCCCUGUGCCAAUGUUACUCCACCGACUGUUCUGUCUUACACCACGGCGUCCAUCUCCAUAUUUAUAUCCACUGUCGCGACUCUCGGGAAUUCUCUUGUUCUACUUGCCAUCUUCGUGGAUCCGAACAAAAAUCUUCGUUCUCCAUUCAACUACUUCGUGGCCAAUUUGGCGCUUGCAGAUGUGCUUGUCGGACUCGUGGUAGCUCCGCUGUCGGCGGUGUUUCAUGUAUCAGAAGGGCUGAAAACCUCUCUUCACCUGCACAUCGGAAAUUACCUGUAUUUCUCAUACUUCAUCGCAUGCACCGCGUCUUUGCUGAGCUUGAUUAUUUUGGCAGUGGAUCGUUAUGUAGCCAUCAAGUUUCCGCUUCUAUACGUUACGAGAUUGGACGCGGUCAGAGCUGUUAUGUUACUGGCUUCUGCGUGGAUUAUUUCUACUGCUUUAUCGCUUAUUUACUUCAAGGUUGGGCUUAAUAUUUACCGUUUCGUCUUCGCCAACACAGCUAUCGUGAUUACGUUCGUGGUGCUCUUGUUCACCCACGCGAAAAUUCUCAGCUCCUUCCGAACUCAAGUUCGCAAAUGGGAUGACCUUCACGACAGCUCGUCGGAGAACUUUGCCAAAAGACAAGCUUUGCUCUGGGAGAAGAAGAUGGCCAAAGCACUGAUGAUCGUGUUGGGAAUAUUUCUAGCAUGCUUUCUCCCCUCUUGUAUUUGUAUCUACAUCAUCAACUUGUGUUCUACGUGCAACUGUGUGUUCAUUCACUGGAUACGUGACGUCCAGCUUCUUCUUGUGAUGGCCAAUUCCGGAGUGAACCCUUUUGUAUAUCCCUGGCGAAUGCAACAUUUUCGAGAAGCUUUUAAGACAAUCCUCUCCUGUGUUAAGUUCAAGGGUGGACUAAGCAGCCUUAGGGAAACUUCAGUGACUCGUGUAACAACAUUAACUACAGAUGGUUAGAUAACAAACACACCAAAGAGACGAAAUCGAACGGCGAAACCACGAGACGAGAAAGUGGCGCUUCAAAGUGGCGCCUUUCUGAGCGCCUCUUCACCAGACUCGUUCCCGCCGGAUCGCCUUGCUCUUCGUCGCCCACACGCGUGACUCAAAGGUGAGCUUGCUCGCAGGUUAUCUUCUUGGCAGCUAGGGAUCUGCAAGCAACGGAGUUUAUCGGUAGAUUUUGUCAUAUAUUUCACGGUUAUUCAACCAAAAACUUACAUAUUCCACACAUCAACAUUGCCCAAAUCCAUACGCGAUAAAAACGACG